GCACGCCUACGCUACAUAAACCCCGUCGACUGUAAUCCUUACUGUACACACUUGAAUCCUCUGCGGGUAUUUUCUGCUUAACUGUUAGUUGUUGUUUUUCCCCCCCAACUACAGAAAAGAAAUGGACAACUCUGGAAAAGAGAAAGAAGCUAUUCAGCUAAUGGCCGACGCUGACAAAAAAGUCAAGUCGUCUGGUUCUUUUUUGGGAGGGAUGUUUGGAGGUGGCCAUCACAAGGUGGAAGAGGCGUGUGAGAUGUACUGCAGAGCGGCCAACAUGUUCAAGAUGGCCAAGAACUGGAGCGGUGCUGGGAGUGCAUUUUGCAAAGCUGCACGUCUCCAUAUGCAGCUGCAGAACAAACACGACUGUGCCACCAGUUUCAUCGACGCCGGAAAUGCUUACAAGAAGUCUGACCCUAACGAGGCAAUCAAGUGUUUAAAUGCUGCCAUUGAUAUAUACACAGACAUGGGAAGAUUUACCAUCGCAGCCAAACACCACAUCAGCAUUGCAGAGAUCUACGAGUCUGAACUAGUUGAUAUUGAAAAGGCUAUUGCACAUUAUGAACAAGCAGCAGACUACUACAAAGGAGAAGAAUCAAACAGUUCUGCCAACAAGUGUCUGCUCAAGGUGGGAGCUUACUGUGCUCAGUUGGAGCAGUACCAGAAGGCUAUUGAGAUCUACGAGCAGGUUGGAGCCAACACGAUGGACAACCCACUGCUGAAAUACAGCGCCAAGGAGUAUUUCUUCAAAGCAGCUCUUUGUCAUUUUAUCGUCGACGAGCUCAACGCUAAGAUCGCUGUUGAAAAGUACGAGGAGAUGUUCCCGGCUUUUUCGGACUCCAGAGAAUGCAAGUUGUUGAAGAAACUCCUCGAGGCUCACGAGGAGCAGAACAGCGAGGCUUUCACAGAGGCAGUAAAGGAGUUUGACUCCAUCUCACGUCUGGACCAGUGGCACACAACCCUCCUGCUGCGCAUCAAAAAGACCAUCCAGGGGGAUGAAGGGGAUCUGAAAUGAAAGAAACCUCGGGGUAGAAUUGCAGCAUGGAGGGACUAAAUCCAUCACGCAUGCUUUCAAACACACAAAGCAGUACACACCCUUACACUCCCCCCACUGUGUAUAGCAUCCGGAGAGGAGUGUCUGCUGAUGAUUUUUGAAUAUUCCACCGCACACUUGCUAUUCUCCCAGAGCACCGUCUUUGUUUCAGCGUGUCUGAAUCUGGUCAGAAUGUAAAUCCUCUCGCCCUCACCUCUGUCUAGAGGAUUGCUGCAUAUCUUUUUUCUGCUGAAAUCUGUCCCGGGGGGGGGGGUUCAGAGCAGUGUAUACCAUUUUGAACCUGAAGUUAGUAGUGACAAGAAAUACUGCAUGUUUUGUACAGCUAUUGUUUCCUAGUCAGAUGCAGCUUGUUUUUUAAAUCUAGUUUAUUAUACAUUUAAACAGAUUAUGUAAUGUUUCUCAUGCUUUAUGACUUUCAAGAAUGUACCAUUAUCUUAACUUGUGUUUUUGGGUGGAAACAGAAGGAUCUUAAAUAAUUUAGUACAACCACAAACAUGGAUUUAGUUUCCAUUUCAUCACCACAGGGAGCGACUCUUCUUGAAAAAGAGUAAUGAUAUGCACCAAGUGUAGACUGUUAUACAUUUACUGGAUAGGUAAUUUUAUUACUUCUGUUUAUUUAUGAUUUACUUUAGGAUUUGUCGACUUGAUACUUGUCUGAAUGUUUGAAGCUGCGAUUCAUAGUUUGUACUUUUGAAUGAAAAGCACUCACACAGAUCACCUUCCUCCCAGGGCUGCAAUCCUGUGCUGAUGAGCAUCAUUAGUCGCUCAUAACGUGCUGUAAACUUCUCAUUGAAGGUUUACUGCUGCACUGUAACCUUCCCAAUGGCCAGUCGCUAAGCAUGUCAUUGUGUAUAGUUCAGUGUUGUGUACUUUCACUAGUGUUAGCCAGACCAAAGUUUUUACUAAAGGUUCAGUCGCCCUGUGUACCCAGCUUCUCCCAGGUGGGAUAAAAAUGGGUGGGGAUUUGAUCAGUAUGCUUGUGCAAAUGGAAAUUAAUAAAGGCAUUAUAGCCCAUCCUGUGUUGCCUUUAUGAAA